UGCUGGCAGCAUUGCCCGAAAAUGCUCACAGUAGCGUUUAAUCCGGUGUCGAUAAUCUGAACUGCUCGCUGCUGCCGCACGGACAAGUGGUUCAUUACGGCGUCCGCCCGUCAACCGUAUAAACGAAGCAGCACAAUAAACGGCGCGGACGAAAGUAAAAGACGGACGUCAACAUCUUUCGCCGGGGCGCAAAGUUUCCAUGCUCCGGUGCGAACGGAUGGGAAAGUUUUCGCGUUAAAAGGAAGAAAAAUAAAAAUACCACCAAACGAAAACAAAAAACAACAACAACACAUCCACAGAGUGCACGGUGAGAAAAACAGUUCCAAAAGAUCCAUCUGGGAGGAAGUGGCCGGAAGGGAGUGCGAAAGUGCGCGGCAAAGAACAAUAGUGUGAUAGGGCAUCGCGGAGACAUCCCGAGGGGAGGCGACCGACCGCAACCGACACCCAUGGACGGAAGAAACCGACGGCGUCAAUUUGGCGGCCCAUGCCACUGCCUUCGGCCCCUGAUACGGCUCUGGGGCGUCGUGACAGCGAUUGUGGUUAGUGGCGUCGGGAUAGACAUAAUGGUGCACGGUUACACUGCAGGUGUUUAUAUUAUUGUUGCCUCCGUAGUUAUAUUCUUGCUGGAAAUCAAAUGGCUCUUCACACUGUUCAUCGUGCUGUGUACAAACAACGACUACUCGUCCAGGUGCUACCAGUGCUGGAGCGUGUGCCGGUACUGUGGCGGUUGGCAUCUGACCUUUCCGUACGUGGCCUUAGGUAUAGCGCUCAUCGUGUGGCCCCAUCGGCUGUGGUUAAGCCACGUGGCAGGAGGGCUUUUAAUAGCACUGGCCAUGCUGCGGUUACUAACGGUGUGCAAGUUCCGACCGCACGGCAAGGACGAUGAGCUGCUGAACCACUUUGAUGAGCACGCUGACAAGUACGACAACUUAUCGGAUGUUUUGGUGGAUAACUCAAUGCCCGAACCGGGUCACAGUUUGGAGGGUGCUGGCAAUGGUAACGGCAACGAAGAGGAUGAGGAGGAUGACAAUUUGGCACUCAAUGGUGGUGGCAUGUGACCGGAUGGGCCAACGCGCCCAAAAUCGAAAGUUACCAUCAAGAAGUGUAUGAAUCAAAAUUACGAAAAGUUGGAUAACGAAUGUGAUUGCGAUGUAAUCAAAUAGGACACGACGGCGCUGUAGGCGAAGCGACGUGUGUGUUUUGUAAAUAAAUUUAGCCAGUACAGUGAUGCAGGAUAUGCGUGAAAAUAAAAACGGAAUAACAUACUUCGUUGUCGGGACUUGGGAGGCACGAGACUGGUACGCGUUA